GGCGAUUGGUUUGUCUCCACCCUUCCCAGGCCGACGAGGAGCCUGAGUCAGCCUGGCCAUUAGCUUUCAGUUUCGUUUCUUCCGGUUCAGAGCCGAUAGUCUUGCAAGCAGAUAAGCUGCAGGCUGGGACAUUUCCCAGGCGGAGGGAAGCCGGCCAGGCGGAUUUGCUGGAGCUUGUUGGUGGGAGCGGAGGCGAGGAAGCGACCACCAUGCCUAAACGCACCGUAAGGGAGAAUAAGGAGAUCGGAGAGCGGUUCCUGCAGUUCCUAAAGGAAUCUGGCAAGGAAAAAGUGAGCAACAAAAAAGAGUUGACGGCGAUCUACAAUCAGGAGUUUCGGCACAGAGAGGAUGUUAGAGGACCUAACUUCUCGGCUGUUCUCUAUGCACUCUGGCGCUUUGGCCUUGCUGGGUUCCAUCGGGACUCCGUGAUGUUUGGAAGGGUAAAGAAAAAAGUAAAGUUUACUGAUCAGUACUGGAGACCAAGCUAUGAUGCUGGAGAUCAGCCUGACCAGGACCAAAGCCCAGGUGCUGCCCCACCUCCUCGCAGGUCACGUGCUAAGGACAGAGCCGAAUUGGUCUCCAAGAAGCAUGGAGUGGACAUUGUUUCGAGUUGUGAUGGGGAGAAUGGUAAAAUCAGUUUGCAUGUGUCUCGAAAUGAAGUAAAGAAUAUUGUAAUAGAGGUACAAAAUAAUGGAGAAAAUGAAGUGAUGCUGUCGAGUUUCAGAAAACUACGUGGACAUCGUGAAUUUACCUUUGCUUAUAAACAGCUACCUGUGAAAUUACAGCCAGGAGAAACGUAUAGGAUCCAAGUGCGCUGUCAGACAAAGGACUACGGAUACUUUCCUGUCACCAUGAUGUUUGAUUUUGAUAGUGCGCAGACUGGACGCUUCAUCAUUGGACGUUUCAUGUCUGCUGUUGCUCACAGUAAAUUAGAAGAACAGCUGGCUCCCUCAGCACCUUACAAGCCAUACCAAGCCAAACUGCACAAGCCACAGGAAGUUGAGAUAGUGGAAGGCAUUGCACCAAAAAACACUUGGAACUAUGACCUUAAGCAAAACAUACCUCUGCAGCACUACAACUACCCACGAGACCUGAAGUAUCAGGUAGAAUGCAUGAAUAAAGGUCACGCGCCCAAAGAUGGCACCCGUGAGAAGAUUGCACAGCUCCGGAGCGACCUGAAAGCUGCCUUGCAGUUUGACAACUACAGUAAGAAGUUUCAUCUGCUCCUUUACCUAGAGGAGAUCCAGAUGGAGGUGGACAUUCAUCGAUACGAUCAGUCUGAUGUUUGCAUGGAAGCAGACAAGAAUAGUCAGUUUCUUGUCCUGACGGCACCUGGUGUGGCCGAGAACCGCCCAUCAGUCCUGAAAGGGGAUCAUAUUUUAGUAACAUUGGCUGAAGAGCGCAAUCGGCACCCGAUUGUCCAAUACAAGGGCUAUGUCCAUGCUGUGGAAUGGGAUAAACUCAAGCUGGGCUUCUCUGAAAGGUUGACAUCUCGCUUCAUCAAUAAAAUGAAGUUUGAUGUGAAUUUCACCUUCUGUCGUCUGCCAUUACGAGUCCAGCAUCGUGCCGUUGACCUUGCCCAAGAGAGGAAACUUCAGAACCUGCUAUUCCCAACUUUCUCACUGGGACAUUCUCUACUCACUGUCGGUCAGCCGCUCAGAUUACAUGACCGGAAUCUGGAGAGCAACCAAGAGCAGGUGAAAGCUGUCCAUCAGGUGGUAGCAGGCAUGUCCAGACCAGCCCCGUACCUUAUAUUUGGGCCACCAGGUACGGGCAAGACAGUCACUAUGGUGGAAGCCAUUAAGCAGGUACUAAAGCAUGUUGAGGGUUCCCACGUGCUUGCCUGCGCCCCCUCCAACAGUGCCUCUGACCUGCUCUGUCAGCACCUUCUGAAACAUGUGGAGCACAGGAAGAUCUACAGGAUGAAUGCUAGCAGCAGGGAUUACCGCACCAUCCCUGAGGAUAUCAAGCAUGUCUGUAACUGGGACAAGAAACUGGAUUCUCCCGUCUUUCCUAGCAGGGAGAUUCUAGAAAACUACGGAGUGAUCAUCACCACCCUGAUAACAGCAGGAAGGGUGGUCUAUGCUCAGUUCCCUCCGGGACACUUUACUCACGUCUUCAUCGAUGAGAGUGGUCAUGCUGAGGAACCUCAGAGCCUGAUUGCCAUUGCAGGCAUCCUAGCCAUGAUGGACCCAAGGACUAAUGCUAAAGGAGGUCAGCUGGUUUUGGCAGGUGAUCCCCAGCAACUGGGACCAAUCCUGAGGUCUCCUCUGGCUAAGGAGCAUGGCUUAGGACUUUCCCUGCUGGAGCGGCUGAUGCAUGAAAACUCACUGUACGCAAAGAAGGAUGGGAGCUACAAUCCACAGUUUGUCACUAAGCUGCUGCGUAACUACAGGUCCCAUGCUACCAUCCUCAAGUUCCCCAAUGAUAAGUUCUAUGAUGGGGAGCUGCAGGAGCAUGGCGACCACGGCAUCACUGAGUCCUACUGCAAAUGGAAGGAGCUGGUGAAGCAGGGGUUUCCCAUCAUCUUUCACGGAGUCUGCGGGGAAGACCAGCGUGAAGGGAACAGCCCUUCGUUUUUCAACACGGCCGAGGUUAAAGUGCUGACUGACUACCUCAAAAAACUGCUCCUGGAGGAGCACGGCAAGAAAGGCAUGUCUCGCAUUUCCCCCAAAGAGAUUGGAGUCAUCACUCCAUACAGGAAGCAGGUGGAGAAGAUAAGAAAAGCCAUUGGUCUGGAACUAAAGGGUGUGAAUGAUAUCAAGGAACUAAAGGUUGGCUGUGUUGAAGAGUUCCAGGGCCAGGAGCGGCGUGUGGUGCUCAUCUCAACAGUGCGCAGCAGCAGCAAUUACUUCAAUAUAGAUGAGGAGUUCAGUAUAGGCUUCCUUCAGAACCCCAAGCGCUUCAAUGUGGCCAUUACAAGAGCCAAGGCACUCUUGAUAAUUGUAGGAAACCCGGCUACUCUCAGCAAGGAUCAAUGCUGGAGCGAGUUUCUCAAGUAUUGCAAGGACAAUAAUGCAUGCCGAGGAUAUUGGUAUGAGGCAGAUGAGAAUGAAGAGGAUGACGUGCUGGUAGAACUCGCUUCUCUCUCCUUGGCAGAAGGUAAGAGGCUAAAGUGAUCUAAAUUGGACUCCAGUUAUUUCAUGGAUGUAUAGUAAUCCUAAAUGCAUAGCAACUAACCUGAAAAGCCUUUUCAGAGUUGGGGCAGCCCAAGGAGGCUGCUCAGUUGACAGUUCUAGUAAUUCUCUGCUGGGUUCCGUCUGUGACUUGGAGAGUGGAUGAGCAGUUACCAAAAUAAAUGCAACCAUCUGAAUCUUGAUGAAAUACUUCCAUGGCUGUAUUUUUUUUCAUUUCCUGUGUGCUGUACAAUGGAUAGGGUUGCAGAAGCCACCCUUUCUACCUCCCAGCUUUAUUUAAAAAGAGAAAGAUCAGCAUUUUUUUCCAGCCAUGAACCCAUUUGACGAAAGCCAAUGUUCAAUUUUAUUUUAUUUUUGCACAUUUUCUGCAAGGGCUCAACAUCAAUUUUCAUCCAGAUUGGGGGGGGGUGUUGAUUGUUUAGAAAUCCUGCUUUCUUUCUAAACACACACACACACACACACACACACACACACACACACACACAAAUGUGGACUUUCACUGCAACUCACUUCAUAUAUUUUGAUGAAUAAGGAUUGCAAAAUAACAUAGCAUAAAUGAUUUUUGUUGGACAAAGUCCUGUGUAUUUAUUUUAAAGAAGUGCCUAUCUUUUAAGUACCCCUGAAUGCUGCCUUGUCAGUGCAAGGAGCUGCACAUUGUCAAGGCGAUGGGUGCUUGAGCGCAGAGGAAAGUCCUGGCAGCUGGAGCUUGGCAAGUGAUCACAAUGCAGCACAGGUCCUUCUGCUAUAACAUAUUCCCCACCAAUAAAUUGGCAGCUCUGGAGCAUGUCAGAUCAAUUUGGAAGCAAGGGCAAACUAAGGAAGCACUUUCUUUUGCUCUUCAUCUGGUUUUCCUUCUCUGCAGGCAACAAUUCUGGUGAGAGUCACGUCCAGCAGCAAAUGGACCCAGAAUGGCGACAUGAGCGCUGAGGACCUGUACUGUCUUAAAUCUUGGUACUGCUACUGCAGCCUGCAUUCUUGAAUAAGUUAUUUCUCCUGUUUACAUACUGAAAAAGCAGAUGAUGGCCCAACUAUAAAUGAAUCAUGUUUGAGCUCCCUAUUACUAUUUAUCUCAGGGGGUUAAAGCCAGAAUUUUAUAAAGAAAUCCUAAUUGUGCAAGAGGGAAUGCAGUGUGCCGUUACCUGCAUACACCUAAUGUAGUGUAAAUUCACUUUGUUGUUGCGCAAGACUUCUCUGCAUUCCUUCCUUUUGUGUCCAGUGGUGUAUGAGAAAAGACUGGUAUUAGUUUGAAACACAGAUGUGCUGGAUUAUAAAGCAAUCAGAAAUAAGAAAAGACUGGGGAAUGGCACUGAGUGCAGAGGCUUAACCUCUCCUUUUGAAACUGGCAGGAGGAAACGCUCCCUCCCUUUUUGCGGUUCAGAGACUGACAGCUAGAUUUCUAUUUCAAGCUGCAUUUAAAGUUUAUCAUGAAAUUGUUUUGGGGGACCAGGGGGAAGAUGAACCUUAACUCUUAAGCCCUUCCCAUUUCCAAGACUGUAUCAGAUUUUAUCAGGUGUUUUUUCUACUGGAUUGUCAUUAAAGCUUCUAGAAUUUA